AAAUAUGCCACUAGUGUCAAGUUGGCACAGGAACUUUUGCCACGGUCAUGAAGUUGUGUUGACACUAUUGAAAACAUUGUGGCAUCAUUAGCCAUGGAUGUAAAGAUUGAGCCACCAGACUCAGAACUAGAACUUACAGACAAUACUUCAAGUUGCAAGACAUCUUACACAACUCUGUCAUCAUCCUGUCCAGCCUACAAUGAAAAUGCAUUUGCUGAGGAAGAUGAUGAAACUAUACCAAUAGUUCAGAAGUCUUUGCAAAUUAAAGAAGAGGUUACUGAAGCUCUCUUGUCAGAAGUCAGUGAUUUUAAUGCAAACCUUAUUUCAAAAGAUGAACUUGGUGCCGCUAAUGAGGAAAAAAAGCCAGGAAAAAAGCGCAAGCCCCGCACUUCCCUAACGCUUGAACAACGAAGAAUUUGCCAAGUUUGCAGCAAAGUUUUUAACAACCCAAGUAAUCGGCUUGCUCAUGAAAAGACAAUCCAUAGAGGCUGGGCACCACAUACUUGUAAGAUAUGUGUCAAGUCUUUCUCCACAAAGUCAGCGAUGAGGAACCAUUUGAACACCCAUUCUGGAGUCAAACCAUACCAGUGUCCAGUCUGUAAGAAGGCAUUCGCCCAACCCAGCAAUCUGAGGAGGCAUGUGGCCACUCAUAACGAGAAAAGAGAGAGAAAAUUUCAAUGCAGUACUUGUGGACUUGACUUCACAGAAAGUGGUAACCUCAGCAGACACAUGAAGUCACAUUUGAAUGUAAGGCCAUUUAGUUGUGAGCAAUGUGGUAAGGGAUUUAAAAGCUCAGGAAAUUUGAAUCGUCAUAUUCAAACGCAUACGGGAGAGAGAAAUUUCUUUUGUAAAGUUUGUGAUAAGGCAUAUUCUUGUAUUGAGUCCGUCACCAUACAUAUGAAAAUACAUGCCGGUGAUCGCCCUCAUGAAUGUCCUGUAUGUCACAAAAGUUUUAUAAUACGUAGUGCUCUGUCGCGGCAUAUGAAUGUUCAUGAAAAGCCGGACCCAAAGUUUGCCUGCGGCAUUUGCUCAAAAAGUUUUGUUACCGCAGAAUCGUUAACCACGCACAUGAAAAAUCACUUAGGCGAUUUGACCCACUUUUGUCAUCUUUGUAACAAGGGAUAUACCAGUGAGCCCUCUUUAAGAAGUCACAUGAAAUCUCAUAUGAACGAGCGUCCUUACAAAUGCACCAAUUGUAGCAAGGCUUUUAAGACGAUUCAUUUGCUAAACAGGCAUAAUCUGAGCCACACUGGGUCAAAAGACCACCCAUGCCCCAUAUGUGGGAAGAAAUUUUUGUUCAGUUGGUAUCUUCCGACACAUAUUAAGAAACAUUCCGGAGUCAAGCCCCACCAGUGCGAUAUCUGUGAUAGAUCUUUUAUGAAUUUAAAAUCGCUAAGAAUGCAUAAAGAGCACCACACAGGGGAAAUUACCAAGAAAUUUCAUUGUACCGUUUGUGAUAAAAGUUAUAGGGAACGCAGCGUUUAUCUGCGUCACUGUACAAGUGCGAUGCACGCUAAAAAAUCAAAAGAUAAUGUUAAUAGUCUGUAAUCGAGUAGUUUUUGUUUUACGUAUUUGUUACUUUUAUGUAAGGUUUGGGUUAUUUUGUUAUAUUAUAUUUAAUAGUGUUUUAAUGUUAAUUUGUAAGUCAGAUUUGAUUUUAUAGAGUUUUGAUGUUGUGUACAAAGCUCAUUGUUAUCUGACGAAGUGUCAUUUUUAGAGUAGAACUGUGAUUUUAAUUAAGUUUAUGUUUGAGAGUUGUUUAUUAAAUUAAAAAUUGCAUGCAAUUUUUAAUCAUUAUUUACAUAAUCAUUUUUAGAUUUUUUAAAAGGUUAAGGCAUGCUUAUACAUUCCAUAAUAGAUUUAACUGGUUAUUUAUAAAUCAGAUGAAAUAUUUAUAUGGUAUUUUUUUACUGGUUAACUCUUUGAUUGGUUAAAGUUAGCUGAACUGUAUACUGAUUGGUCAAUUGUUAUCCUAUUAUAACUAUUAACUAAUGAAAUCAUUUCUGUGUGCAAACUGGGCAAAAGAUAACCUAUGGAAAACUUAUUCACCUGUCAAAGCUGCACUGUCACAGCUGGACCGUUUUGACAACAUUUUUAAAAAAAAAGUUUUGUAAUGAGCCAAUUUUUGCGUAAAUGUCUGAGAACCUGUGAUUUAAGACUGCUGGCAAAUGAUCAGAUCACAGUUUUUCAUAUUUAUGUUUGAAAAUUGAUGUUUUAUGCCAAUAUUUUUCUUAAAGCGUUAGUAAAACUUUCAGCCAUAAAACUUCAUUUUUUUAAAGUUAAUAUGAAAAACUGUGAUCUGAUCCUUUUUUGAGCAGUCUUGUAUCACUGGUUUCAAGAUAUUUAUGCAAGAAAUUGGCUCAGUCUUAGAUAAAAUAUAUAAAAAAAGUUGUCAAAAUGGACUAUCUCUGAGAGAGCGCAGUUUUAAACAAUCGGAUACAGAUUAUUACAUGUUUCUAACACAUUCCAGGUUUUCUUUAAUAAAGCCUGACACAAACAUUAUUAAGAUACUAGGGGUAUUUAAUCUUACUUAACGUUCCAGCAUAUAACAUGUGUACAUUCCUAUUUCUUGUUCAUAUUUAUAAUGACUUAAAUGUGAAUACAUGUAUAGUUACAUAUAUUUUUGUAGCAAGAACAUACUGUUUCAUAUUUGUUUAUGUUUGAUACAUUUUAUCUAUAUAAUGUUCUGGAUUAAGAUAUUGUUAAGGUUGGUGGUUUGCUGUGAGAGUAUAAAACUAUGUGUUUCGGGUAGUGUUGUUCCGAUGAUCGAUUAUGAUAAAAAACUGAUUGGUUAGACUUGAAAUUGGCGGCAAUCAAUUGUAUUCUGUCAUAAUCACAUAUCAAUGCAAUCGGUGAGUUGUUUUUCUUCUUUCUUUUCUGUAUUUAAGUUAAGGCAAUUUCAGCCAAUUUUCUUCUUUGAGUUCAUUAAUUGAUAAACAUUUGGGAGUGUUCAGUUGUUAUUGUAAACAAUAUGCCCAAAAGCAACAACAACACUAAAUAACUUCAAACAAACACAUAACAUAAGCAUACUUUAAAGGAUAAUGAUUUAUUGUACAAGAAUGAAAGUACAAUUUAAGUAUUGUAAAAACCAAUUGUACUAUUGAUAAUUUGUUACUUGAGUGAAACUGAUUAUAGAUCAUCAAACUGAAACCGAUUCUCAACACUAAUUUUGGGGAUAUUCUCCUGAUUUUUACCACCUCAAAUGAUUUUAGAAGAAGAUUAAAGUCAAGGUAUUGAGAUAACCUUGGUGUUGUUAUAGUCGAUUUAAAAAGUCUUUAACAUUGGCUUGCAUUACUAAACACUUUUUAGGCAUUCGGUGAAACUUGGUACAUAUUCAUGUUGCCAGUUGUUACAUGUACAUGUAUGUUACAAGACCCACCACUAUUGCAAUUAUAAUUGAUGAGUUAUGCCCCUUUUCAACUGAAAACAAGUUUUACAAAUAUGUUUUCUCUGGUUUUCCACAUGCAAUUAAAAGACCAAACUCUCCUGCAACAUCAUGCCAACGAGAACGCCUUUGCACGAGUUAGUAUAACUUUUUCACAAGGCCUAAAAAAAACAACAUUUGGUUCAGGUUACCCGACCCUACCUACGGAAUAGGCGCCGACCCUACCAUUUUUAUAGUCAGUUUGAAAAAAAAAUGAAAAACUAAAAAAAAAAAAAAAAAAAAUUCGUUUUUUUUUUAAUUGCUUUUCAAUAUGUAGUUUAAACCUUAAAUGCUUAUACAGAAGAUAGCUUUAACACCAUUCUCCAAUGAUGAAAAUGAUAUUCUGAUAUAAAGCCUAAUAAAAAAAAAAUAAAAAAUAAAAAAAGCCUACCUACCCUACCUAUUUUUGAGAAGGAUGUAACCCUAACCAAACAUUUUUUUUUAGGCCCAAGCGUUGUAAAACAACUUUAAACUUAUUGAAAUCAUUAACAGAGGAGCAUAAGCAUUUGCUUAUGGUGAUCUUAGCUUCUAUGUAGGGUAUAUGUAGUCAUAUUAAGACUAAGACCUAUUAUCAGUUACCACUUCUUAUAUUGAUACAUUGUACUCCUGGUUUAUAACUGUUUAUGAUUUUGAAUUCACAACAAUUAAAUAUCACUAUAUUUUUAAAUCUUCUAAUAUACAUGUACUGUAUUUAUGUUACAAGCAGAUAUAGUGUAGAAUACAGUUAAUCAUGCAUCUGUUGUUUUAUCAAAUGUUUCUGUUUAUUAUGAGUUUGCUGUGUGAUAAAAUGGUGUGAUUCAUUUUCAUUUUAUAGAAAUAUCAAAAGUUUCCGCGUAUGUGUGUUUUAAAAUGUUCAUAAUCAAAAGACUAUGUAAUAGUGGUCCAUUAUCAUUUAAAAAAAAACCCUUCUUAGAUGGUAUUAUUGAUUUGUGAUUUUGCUAUCUUUAGAAAUGUAUUUGUUUUCUGUUUCAUGACAAGAUUCCUUGAAUUUGCCAUACUUGCUUUUAGUCUGUGGGUAUUAAAGCUGCAUUCUCACAAAUUUGACAGUUUUACCAUUUUUCUAUUUCUUUGUCUCACAAUUAACUCAUUUGCGUAUCAGUGCCUUCAAUGCAGUUAUAUAAGAUAACUCACAAUAUAACAGAUUUCAAUUGUUUGGUUAGCUGCCAAAAUUUAUAAUUUAAUAAUUUUCUUAAAGGGUUAGUCAUGCUUUUAGCCAUAAAACAUCAAGUUUUAAAUGUAAAUAUUAAAACUGCGUUCUGCGCUUUUAUCAGCAGUCCUCUAUCACUGGUUUCUAGACAUUUAUGCAAAACUUGGCCCAUUCCAAGACAAAAAAAUAAUAAAAGUUAUCAAAACAAUCAAUCUGAGAGAAUGCAACUAUACUCAGAGUACUUAUUCACAUUUUAUAGGGUUAGUCAUCAUUCUCUUGUUUAUGUAAAACGUGAGGAAAAUGCUUGUUUCAAAUAAGUCUGGUAGCGCUCUGAUAUUGGUUUUUUUUGGUGUUCGAAAUUAUGUUUUGUCUAAUGGAAUGUUAGUAAUUUUUAAUUUCAUUGUUUAAAAUUUGUAAAUCAGCAGCCAUUUUUUAUCAGUUUGAAAUUCGUGAAUCUGCUGUUUUAAAACAGACACUGGGCGAAUAAACAAGAUAUGUGAAGGCAGUUAAUAUUUUUUAAUUUUUUUUUUUUUUUGGGAAAUUAGUGCUUUGAUACCUGUUUAAGCUUUAGGGUGUGGGUUCAGCGUUAUAUGUAAGUUCAUAAUGUUAAACAUUAUUUACAUUUUAUACAUAAAAUUGUUUUUAUAUUCAAUACGUUUUCCCUUAAGCGUGUAUUUUAUUAAAUGUAUUCGGGUACACAAGCUGUUAAUGAAAUUCACAAUUCACAUGUUUUUAUUAGUGUGACAAAAUAUAUUAUAUUAUACAGAUAUUAUUAAAUUUAUAAAUAGUA